AUGCCAUUAAGCCCCGCCUCGCCUACCUAUGCCAAAAAGGGAAACAAAACCCAAAAACAACAAUACACCUACCCACCACCUCCUAACAACAGGACCUGGGCACCUUGUGAUCGAACUGAGGUCAGGGUCACUCCAGGCUGUCUGUCUCUGCUGGAGACUCGGGAGAGCUCCCACACAACCGUCUGUUCCUGCUGGAGGCUCAGCCACCUGUUCCCGUCAGAUACUCUGGAGAGUCCAUCCCGCAACUACCUGCUCAACCACCUGCAACUGCUACACGGCAUCUGGCCUGCCUCAUUUUGUCCUGCCUUGUCUGAUUUCCCAACUUUGUCAACCAAUCACAGAUCUAGUUCUGUUAACGAGACCUUGGGACUCGGUGGUGUCACGUUCUUUAUCAUCCAGGGCCUCACAAACCUCGAUGAGAAAAAGAUAAUACUUUUUUCCAUCCUGUUGCUGAUUUACAUCAUGGUCCUGGGAGGAAACAGCAUCAUCAUCUAUGUGGCACUGACGGAUCCAAAGCUCAACUCUCCACUGUACUUCUUCCUCUGCAACCUCUCCUUUGUGGACAUGGUCUACACCACAACCACCAUCCCCAACAUGCUAUCUGGCUUACUGACAGAUAUCUUAACCAUCUCUGUCCUGGGCUGCUUCCUCCAGAUGUACUUCUUCAUUCAGUUAUCUGUUACAGGCCGUGCCAUUCUCACAGUCAUGGCAUACGAUCGCUACGUGGCGAUCUGCAACCCUCUGCAAUACAACAGCAUCAUGACCAGGCCUGUCCGACUGCUACUUGUUGCAGGAGCCUGGGGAUUCGGUGCAAUUUGCACUCUUCCUGUUACUGUGAUUGCCUUUGAGAGGCCUUACUGUGGCCCAAAUGUGGUGAAACAUGCCUGGUGCGACCCAUCUUCUGUAAGGCGGCUUGUGUGCAGUGACACCUCUUUGGAUAACAUUGUGUCUCUCUUAUUUGCAAUGGUGUCGCUGGUGACCACAGGUGUCUUCAUACUCUCCUCCUACAUCUUGAUUGGUUUUUCCAUAUCCAGGAUGGUUGUUGCUCAGCGGCUGAAGGCGCUCAGAACAUGUUCUGCCCACCUGACUGUGGUGUCCAUCUCUUAUGCAGCAGCCUCAUUUGUAUACAUUUCCUACCGAGUGGGAAACUUUUCAUCAGAGGUGCGGAUCAUUGUGUCUGUGCUGUACUCUGCGCUGACUCCCUUCCUGAACCCAAUGAUCUACAGUCUGAGGAACAAAGAGCUGCGAGAGUCUAUCAGAAGAACUUUGAGCAGGUUCAGACCUGCUGCUGUGUUACCCACCAAGAAAAUCAGCACUUUGUCCUGA